AUGACAUUGACCUUUGUGGUCGAACACCUCGACCCCGAAUUGGGCCCAUGGUCCGCCCUGGAAUAUGCCUGCAUCGCAAGAGAAUCCAAGGAGAAUGGCGCUCAAUUCCUUCUGACCUCGGUCCCUGCUUCGCUGCAGAUGCCAGAGAAUCUGGCGCGCAUGGAAGAACUCAAGGUGGAAAGACGCAGUGUGGAGGAGAUCUUUGCAGAUCGCAAAUCUAGGGUCUGUCUACUCGACCCGGCUGCGACAAUAGAAUUGAGUCCUGCGGAUCGCGAUGAUUUCGAUGUCUUCUUAUUUGGCGGUAUACUCGGCGACGACCCUCCUAGAGAUCGUACAUCCGAGUUACGGAAAAAGGGCUACGCUGGACGGCGGCUUGGACCACAGCAAAUGACCACAGAUACCGCAGUACGAGUGACUCGUAUGAUUGCGCAACAGCGAAUUCCACUGGACAAGAUCCCAUACCUGGACCAUCCAGAAUUACGCAUCAACGAACAUGAAAGCACAGAAAUGCCUUUCCGAUACGUCAAGAGCAGCGAUGGAAAACCAAUUAUGCCCGAGGGGAUGGUUGAACUUAUUAAAAAGGACGCGGACAAAGCUGUCGAUGAUUUGUUUUAG